UAUAAUCCGAUUAAAAAAAAAAAAAAUCUAAUAUCAGGGCAAGGAUGGCGGCGGAAGGGGCGGCGGCGGCGAGGAACGCGAAGGAGUCGCUGGAGCUUGCGUUCCAAAUGUCCGAAAUAUUAGGGGCGGGGCUCGAUCGCCACACCCUCUCUCUCCUCGUCGCCCUCUGCGACCGCGGCCUCAACCCCGAAGCCCUCGCCGCUCUCGUCCGCGAGCUCUCCCCUCCUCCCUCCUCCUCUGCCUCCGCUUCCGCCGCCGCUUCCGAAAAAUCAGCCCUAAGGUCGGAUCCAUCUCCUCUUCUACUCUCUAUUCUCUAUGUAAGAGAUUUAAGAUUUUAGGCCUUCUUUGCCAUC